AUGGAACAGCUGGACACACAUUGGAUAUUCAACUCCGGUGAGGGUGAAAAAUGCGCCAAGACAGAAUCAAGUCCGGCUACCCUGGAAUUAACCAAUAUGGCGGGUGUCUUUAUCAUGGUUGCAGUGGGUAUUGUUGCGGGCCUCGUGCUGCUUCUCGUUGAAAUCGCCUGCAGUAAACGCAGAGGAAUACGAGCUCAACGAAUUUAUUGUGCCUGGAGUGCCAGCAAAAAAUGGAAGGAAAAAACAGAGGUAAGUGAUUGGACAUUGAAGUAG